AUGCCUAAGUACGCGAAAUUCUUGAAAGACCUUCUUUGGAACAAAGAGAAGUUAGGGGAGUUAUCUAAUGUCCCGUUAAAUGGAGGGUGUUCAGUCGUUGUUUUAAAUAAGCUUCCCGAAAAGCUUACCAAUCCGGGUAUUUUCACUAUUCCUUGUCUAUUCAGCAGUAACACUAAUACUAGAGCCUUAGCCGACCUAGGUGCUAGCAUCAAUUUGAUGCCCUUUUCUCUUUAUGAGAAGCUAGACCUUGGAGAGCUUUCACCUACCCGAAUGACAUUAUCUUUAGCCGAUCAGUCCAUGAAAUACCCUAGGGGUAUAGUUGAGAAUUUGCUAGUUUAG